AGACAGGACACAAUGAAUUAUCUUCCGUUGACAAUAUUUGUAAUUGGAUUCUGCACCAACCUUUCGUUGUCAGUUGCAGGAAACAGUUGUAAAAAUCAUGGAAUAAAAUGUAAGGAUAACGUGCAAUGUAUUCCAAGGGGAGGACUAUGUAAUGGACAUGUCCAUUGUGACGAUCAAUCUGACGAAGAUCCUGAUUUUUGCAGAGAUUACAGCUGUCCAAGUGGGACUGUAAAAUGUAAAAAUAACAUAGAAUGUGUCAGUCAAAAUUAUUUAUGCGAUGGUUACACUCAGUGUAAUGAUGAAUCUGACGAAGAUCAAGAAAUGUGCAAAGAUUACCAGUGUCCCAGCGAUUUUAUGAAAUGUAGAAACAACUUGCAAUGUUUUCGCACUAGGUUCCUUUGUGCAUCAACAGAUGAUGCCUUUUGUUUCGAUGGGUCCGAUAUUGAUCCAGAGUUUUGUAGAGCGAAUGCACCGGAAUGUCCUCAAGGGGAAGUAAGAUGCAAGAAUGGAGUACACUGUGUUAAUCCUAGGUACCAAUGUAAUGGUAUUAGUGAAUGUCCAGACAAAUCAGAUGAAGAUGUAAACAUGUGUGCGGAAUUUAAAUGCAAUUACGGUUGGACAAAAUGUAAGGAUAAUAUGCAAUGUAUUCCAAGGAGUGAAAUAUGUAAUGGACGCACCAGUUGUAAAGAUCGUUCUGAUGAAGACCCAGAUUUUUGCAGAGAUUUUAAAUGUUCAAGUGAUGAUGUAAAAUGUAAGAAUAACGUAGAAUGUGUACACCAAAAUGAUAUUUGUGAUGGAUAUGACCAGUGUACCGACAAAUCUGAUGAAGAUCCAGUAUUCUGCAGUGAUUUUAAGUGUCAAAGCGGUUAUAUCAAAUGCAGAAACAACGUGCAGUGUUUUCCCAUUGAGUACCUAUGUGCCGAAACAGACACUGCCUUCUGUUUAGAUCGUUCGGAUAUCGAUCCUGAGUUUUGUAGAGCUAACUCCAAAGAAUGUGCUGAUGGGGAAAUAAAAUGUAAGAAUGGAAUUCACUGUAUUCAUCCAAAGAACCUAUGUAAUGGUAUUGUUGAUUGUCCAGAUGGGUCAGAUGAGGACUAUUCCAGGAUCGACGGUAAAAGAAGCUGUAAGUUGCUAAAGAACAGACAUCCUUGAUUCUUACAAAGCAGAUGAAACAUUAAGGAGGUGAAGCACAUGCUGUAAUAUUGAACAAUGCAUCAUAUAUUAUCUACAUGUAACUGUUAUGUAUAUACUAAACACUCAAUAUAAAU